AUGCGUGUAUCGGUAACGGCAGUCAGCUUGUUGGCGUCUUUGACCUCAGCCAACCUAGACAGCCCUAGUUUACUACAGCAAUUCUACGCUCCAGGGCGUCUCCUAGGUAACUCUUUUGGUAACCCAGGUGUUAACGCAACAUAUGACUAUGUGGUUGUUGGAGCUGGCUUGGCCGGCGCUCUCACGGCAUCCCGAAUCGCAGACGCGUUACCGAAUAUGACGGUCGCAGUCAUCGAAGCGGGCUCCUUUUAUGAAAUAUCCAACGGCAACUACAGUCAGAUUCCCUACUACUCAACCAUGUACGUUGGUCCAGAUCCUGAGGACUACCAGCCGUUGAUCGACUGGGGCAUCUUCACCGAGCCCAUACCCGGCGCCAAUGGACGCCGCUUUCACUAUGCGCAAGGGAAGACGCUCGGGCUUUCCUUCACACCACCGGAUGUCCGAUUCCGCGCUGAGAAUGCCAGCAAUGUCAACUUCACGCUCUCCGCAUUUGAUUUCCCAGGAGGUCCCGUUCACUUGAGUUUUCCCAAGUACGCACAGCCAAUAGCUUCUUAUGGCCCGGAGGGAUACGCUGCGGCUGUAAUGAGCGCAGCCAAUGGUUUCCUAGACGGGAACCUCUUAGGAUAUGGUUACUGGCCGUUUACACUGAGACCCGAGGACAGCACGAGAAGUAGUACUGAAUCCGCUUUCCUUUCCCGUACAGCUACGAGGACAUCUUUGAAGAUUUACCAGUCCUGCAUGGCUCGCAAACUUCUCUUUGAUGAGUCCAGACGUGCCAUAGGAGUCAACGUCACCGCUGGUGGAAUGAAGCCGUUUACUGUCCAUGCUCGGAAAGAAGUCAUCGUAUCCAGCGGCUUCAUCCACUCUCCCCAACUACUCAUGGUGUCUGGAAUCGGUCCUCGCGAGGUACUCGAACGACACAACAUAACUGUCAUAUCCGAACUGAACGGUGUUGGUCAAAAUCUCCGAGAUACGCCCGCUAUUGGUGGCGUCGUCCACCGCACGAACGUACCAGGAAGAAGCGCUUGGGAGCGCGAGUCCUCGUCUUUCGACGCAGCCGUAGAGCGCUAUUUGACAAAUGGUUCUGGCCCCCUCAGCAGUCCAGCUAGCGAUUUUGCUGCCUGGGAAAGGUUCCCCGAAUGGUUUACUACCAACAUGAGCCAGUCUACUCUCGAAUUCUUGCAAAACCUACCCAGUGACUGGCCGAAUGUAGAGUAUGUGUUGCAAUCUUCGGAGCGCAUCUUGUCUUCGGCCCAGACUGCGAGCGAUACAGGCGUCAUCGGCACAAUAUUGACGUCUACUACAAGCCAGGGAAAUGUCACCAUCCAAUCUGCUGACAAUACUGUUGCACCUGUCGUAUACAUUGGCUGGCUGGAUUCCAUCGAAGACCAAGAACUUGCUAUAGCAGCAUACAGGCGUGCGCGCACCAUCGCAGCUAGCAUAUCCGCGUUUGGCGAUGAGAUAGCCCCAGGAGCGAACGUCACGACGGAUGCGCAGAUCUUGCAAUAUAUCAGGACGAAGGGUAUCGGUGCUAUCCAUCACGGCGCGGCAACGUGUGCAAUGGGAAGGAAUGCGUCGAGCGGGGCAGUCGUGGACUCUAAGGCUAGGGUAUUUGGUGUGAAUGGGUUGAGGGUCGUGGAUGCCAGUUCUUUGCCGUUCUCGGCGCCUGGGCAUACUCAGGGCGUUACUUAUGCGCAUGCGGAGAAGCUGGCACAGGAUAUCAUUGAUGCGGUGAAUGACGCCUAG